UCUGGUGUGCUCAUUGGAAGAGUUCUUAUUUAGGACAGAAUGAGCAUCACUCUAAAGCCUUUCGAGCUUACUAUUACCAUCCUAAAAGUUUCAGGCUUAAUUGUACCUCAAGCUCGAAAUGUAAAAAUAGAAUGGGUAGACGAUAAGGGUGUUGUUGAAAGGACAGGAUAUAGAAGAGUAGAAAGUGAUGGGACCGUCGAGUUCCUUGGAGUAAAGUUAUCCAGUAGUGUACCACUUCAAUGGGAUGCACUUACCAACGAAUAUAAAAGCACCAAGAUAACUUUGAAUAUUCGUGGAUCAGAGAGAGUCAGAAAGAUUUAUGCCCUUCAUAGACGUUCUGAAUAUGAGAAGGUUUUGCCUCUUGUAGAUUACGAUCCCCUCGUUGCUUCUAAAUUGAGAGAAGAAGGAUUCUUCGACUCUGAACCAGAAAAUUCUGUCCAAGAGUCGACAUCGUCUUCUCUGCAGAAGACUUCUUCCAGUGAAGAACAGACGUUAGGCAACAACCAGUUCACCGCUUGGCCUUCCGCCUUGAUUGGAACUAGCGAAGAUUCCGAUUUUGUUAUUGGGAAGGCGGAACUAGAAGCAACAAUAUUCUUAGAUACUGAAAAUACACACCGAGGAAACAGCAUGGUUUGCCAUAAGAAGUUGGAAAUUUCAGUUUUAGGAGACUCUGGCAUUCGAGUAGCUACGAUAUAUACGGAGACUCGAGCUAGUUUUAUUCCCGACACUAGUUUCUCAUGUCGGGACUUAUUUUCUACCAUUCCAAAUGGCGAGUAUUUACUUCGUAUAAUGGUGCACGAAGUAAGAGAUAUGCUGAGUAUGCAUCGUCGAGGUGGUACAACCGACCCAUACGUUCAGAUAACAACGUUUGGCCAGACCUUGAGAACUCAACGAGCUUUAAAUACUGUUAAUGCAGUUUUUCAUAGACUUUUAUAUUUCUCUGCGUAUCUGAAGGGUUGGGAGUUGGAAAGAGAGGCUCUGAAUGUUCAAGUUUUCGACUGGAAUCGUAUAAGGAAGAAUGUGCUCAUUGGAGUUCAUGAGAUGGAUUUGAAAUAUAUUUAUGAUCAACCGAAUCAUAGAGUGAAAGAAAAAUGGUUUCCAUUGUAUUCUUCAUAUGGAAAAAGGGUUGAGAAAAUAACUCGGAGCUCUAUUGGUCUUAGUACAGUGGGAUAUGUCAAACUUAGUAUAACUCUUAUACCACCAGGAUCUGUCCCUGUGCACAGGAAUGAUUAUUAUGAAUUUGAAGAAAUGAGUGGUAGACAGUUGUUGAAUAAGUUAGUAUUGAGACGUCCUCCUCUUGUUCCAGAGCCUUGGAAUCUGUUUAUUUGUGUUUAUCGAGCCGAAAUGCUUCCGAGAAUGGCUCCUAAAGGAGAAGAAGAUAUCAUUCGUGCUUUUGCCACAUGUUUCUAUGGAGGCUACAAGGCAGUUACAACUUCAACGAAAAAAUCUCUAAAAUCUAUUGAGAAGGCAGGAUUUGCAUUGUCUGGCUCAGUUGUAAAACAACUGCAAAAAAAUUUAACCAAAACAGCAUCUCAUGUUUUUCGAAAUGCCACUUUUGGUUCUGUUAAAAGGAAGAAAGCUCUCAAGAGAGGGCUUUUUCCUUCAAGAGGACGAUGGGUGGAAUGGAAUGAGAUGAUUAGAGUGCCAGUAGCAAUAGUGGAUGGUGAAGUGUCCCAGGAUUUGAUCAAAGUAGAACUUUAUCAUACACGGGAGUCAUUUUUGGGUAUGAAUUCUUCGGAAGGAGACCUGAUAGGUUGGCUACAAUUUCGAUUUUCAGACAUCCUGGCUCAUCGUGAACGAGUGAAGGUUCACUAUUUAACGUCUGAACCUGAAAAGGAAGAUGAUGAAAGUUUUAAGAAAGCGACUUUGUUUCUUCGUGAAAGGGAAAAACGAGAAGCAGAGCCACCACAUUUUUAUGAAAGAUUGUUAUCCGUGGAAAAUCAAGUGAAUAAGUUGUUGUUUGGAAGAGAUAAUACAAGUGACGAGAAUCUUGAAAAUGAGUUUAUAGAAAGAGUUUAUCAACUAGAACCUAGAUGGUAUAAUCUUUAUGGUCCUAGUAGAGGUCCCACAGACUAUGGAAAGAAGAAUGCUUCCUUCCGAGGUCGAGCUUUGAUCAGUAUACAUACUUCACGCUCUCUGGGAACUUUACCACCUGCAAGAUUGUACAUUCCUCCAGAACUAUGCAUAGAGCCUGAUACUUCAAGAUAUCAGUUGGACUAUAGCAUAUAUCAAGUCUGUGAAGUUCCGUUGGAAUCUGAACAUUAUUUAGUAUCGUUUGAUGUUCAGUUAGGAACGUUCUGUUUUGGCGAACAAACUCCUCCUCAGCCAGUGAACCAUCGAUCAGUAAUAUGGGAAAACGGACAAGGGACCCACGGAUCAUUUUCCGAUUUGGAGUUGCCUAGUCGUUUUUCUGAUAUUCCAGACUUAUUCGUCAAUUUGUAUGCGCAUCAAAAGCGUCAUAAUUCGACAAAGAAGACCCGCUUUGCAUAUUUGAGGUUAUCGGCAAAGUAUGUCCGCCAGUGUACGCGUUAUCCACGUUGGCUUCUUUUGGACACAGCAGCAAGUAGCCUCUUCAGUUUCUACGAAGUUCCUGGAAAUUUAUUAUUAUCUCUCUCAUUGACUGCAACAGAAGAUCGUGUUUCCUCUAUGACUGUAGAGUCUUCUUCUCAAAGUGUUAGUUUUCAUCCAUCUGACACAAUGCUUCCCAUGAAUUCCUUUGAGUUUAUUCUUCGAUGUUAUAUUUUAGAAGGAAGAAAUUUGCCUGCAGCAGAUGAAGGAGGUUUAGCGAACCCAUUUUUUGUCGUUCGUUGUGGAGAAUAUUCAGCGCAAUCGAAUACAAUUUGUUAUGGAACAUUGUUUCCACAAUGGUUCGAAUGUGUAACUUUGCAAAUACCCGUUACUGCAACUCGCAUGUUGUCAGACAUUUUUGUUAUGGUAUAUGAACAUUCCAGAGCGAAAAAGAAAAAGUUGGAACAGUCUCCAUUGCAACCAUCAAAAUGUCUUGGUCGAGUCGUCAUAUCGGGAGCACAAGUAAAACGAUCACAGCCAACACUUCCUAUCGGAAAGUGGUAUCCUUUGUUUCAAGUAAAUCCAGAAAUAAUGGCUGGAGAGAUAUUAGCUGAAUUUCAUUUACUGCCAAAAGAACAAGAAGAAUCGUUACCAGUGCUUAAUUUAGAACCCAGGAGAUUUCGUGCAUGCCUGAAACUCUCAAUCAUUGGAGCCCUCGAUGUAGAAUAUAAGAACAAGACUGUACGAAAGGCUUCUGUUUCCUUGAGACUACAAAGUGGAAGUCAAGACCAACAUUAUGAAACCUCACCUCAACCGACGAAUUUUUGCCUUAAUGGUGACUCUUUUGAUGUUUUCUUCCGAGAUGUCAUAUUCUUGCCACUCGAGCUUCCUGAACAAGAUGUGGUUCUAACUCCAACAAUGCAAAUUCAGGUAUUCGACCAUGAGAGAGGUGAAGUAGUUGGCACUUGCGACUUAGCAUUGGAUGAUUAUGAAGCAGUCUUUUUACAAAAACUUCGAGCUUCGGAGUCUACCCAAACUCGUUUGAACAGUUUUUUACAAUCAUCUUAUUUUCGAAGACUAUCUAGCAAAUAUUUCAUGAGUAGCAUUGAUGCUGAAAAUGCCUCAAUUCUCUCCGAGUUACUUUCAGAUGAAUCAUGUGGAGUCGACUUUGCUUCAACUUUGGAAAGUGUCCAUCAGGAAUGUGGGCGUUCGGCACAACAUGGGAACUCGGUUCCUCGUGGCCAUUUUAUAUCCAUUUCACAUCCCAAAUAUGAUAUGUUACAAAUAGGAGAUGGAAGGGAAGAACUACAAGACAUUGUGGAAGAAUCUGUGAUAGUAGGAGGAAGCGAAGAUGUUAGACGUCGAGCACUGUUUAUUAGACAAGUAUUCAAUACAUUUCAGUCUUUGGUGGAAGGACUACAAAUUAUUGUUACUCUGCUGAAAGAUAUUGUUGUGGAAUAUGUUCCGGAUCUUGCUUUGAGACUUCAUAUUGAAGAAGAAAAGUUGCCAAGUUUUUUCUAUCCUGAUUCUUCAGAGUUAAAUCAGGUAGGAAAUUUAGGUAGUUCUCUUCAUUGUAGAAUCCGUCGUGGCUUUUGUCCUGUUGAACUUGAAGAAGAUUUUUGUCAUGCAAGAUAUGCAGAACUUUUUCUUACUCGAGGUCGUUUGACGGAUAUUUAUCAUGAAGAGAUAAUAAAAGCGACAGAGGAGAAUUUUGAAGAUUCCUUUCUAACAAAAGAACAAAAGAAAGCUAUUGGUAUCGUAUCCAAGAGUGCCAAAGGAGCUGUGCAAACGACCGUAAAGCAUGCAAAGAAACCCAUGUCAAUAGCAAGGAAUGUGAAAGACUUCAACAAGGACAAGUUAUUUAAUGGCAAUGCUGGCUAUCUAGGAAAGAAUAUACAACCUAUUUACGGUAGACUCAAAUUGGAAGCUGAGAUUUUAAGUCAUCAAGUGCUGGAAGACGAUGUAGAGUCAAAGCGACAAAGGGAAGGAGAGACAAUACGCUGGAAAGAAAUCUAUCGAGAACAGAAUGUAGUAGUUCGUUUAUAUGUCUUACAUGGUUGGAACUUGAGAUGUUCUGAGGGUUACGCGAAUGCUUAUUUAAAGGUUUCUUGCAGCCACUCUGAAGAAAGGGUGUAUUCCACAAAGAGUCAUCCAGUUUCAGGAACAUUGCAUCCAAAAUUCUUUGAUACAUUUCAGUUUAAAUGUAAAGUACCCUAUUCUAUACUAAGAAUUAAAGUGAAGAACUACCGAGCACCCGAGUUUGAUAUUCCACUUGCUGGUGGAUUCGGUUUAAAGGAAAGUUGGAACUUGGGUGUCUUUUCUCAUAAGCGUCUUGCAUAUUCAGUGAAUGUUGACACGAAGAGAAUUCCAGGACUUCGCAAAUCUGAAUUUAUUGGUGAAACCUAUAUUGACUUGUCACAUAGAUGGUAUAACCCGGCAUGGAGACUCCUAGCCAGAAAACCAGUCGAAAUACGUUCCUUGUGGAAUCCUAACUCAACUACUCCCACUGGUCGUUUGGAAUGUUUUGUAGAUAUUCUAACAGAAGAUGCUGCGAGACACAUGGUUCCAGAAAAUAUUAUGCCAGAGCCUCCUAAACAGUUUGAAGUUCGUUUAGUGAUAUGGGGAGUACAAGGAUGUUUUUUACCCAUCUCCAAAGCGCAACAAGUGAACAACGAGAUGCCUACUCCUGACUUGAGUGUUAGUGCAGAGUUUGGUUUAGAUCAUAGUACAUCUUUACACACCGAUGUUCACCCUCGAAGUGAUGAUGGAUGUGGUGAGUUUAAUUACCGUAUGGUUUGGACAACAGGAUUUCCUGAAGAAACUUCCUAUCGACUUCGAAUGACUAUAUGGGAUGUAUCCUCAGCUUCGACAGGUUCCAUUACCGAUGGUACUUUUAUAGCUGAAUGUCAGUUGAAUAUAGAGCCUUUGUUAAAGGAAGCACUUGUCACUGGCCGCAUUGUCUCAAGGAAACCUCAGUGGCUAAGGUUCACACAUCCCAAUUAUCCACAGUUAAAUGCACAUGCGAAAUUAUCCCUCGAUGUAUUGGAGGAGCACGAUGCUAAGCUUUAUCCAGUUGGCAGAGGAAGACAAGAACCCAAUCAAUAUCCAUUUUUACCUCCGCCUUUCCGUCCUGUAUUCUUGAAUCCUCUCAAUCCUAUGCCAUUUGUCUGGUAUCAAGUGUAUAAAUAUAUCUAUUAUUACUUCUGGACUGUAGUAAGCUAUUUGGCAAUGACACCUCUUGCUCUUUUGGGUUUCAAAGUCUUGGCAUCUUGUUGGUAUCUUUGUCUAUCGACAACUUGGCAAAUUUGAAGAAAUGGAACAUCCUGUCGUACAAGAUGA